AUAUGUAUAUAGAUAUAUAUUGUAUAUGUAUAUAUGAUAGUUUUGGGUGGGGUUGUUGACUUGGCUGAGCCGAAGGUGUCGUGUUUCUGACUCUAACUAAGCAACGGAGACCCCAACACCUCAUUUGCUGAAUUCAAAGAUUGGAAAAUGUGUUGCGAAGGGGCUCUAAGAGUCUUUGAUUUAGUCAAUCGUUAGGGUUGGGGUUUUGGGGUUUAAUUCUAUGAUUAAUUUGUAGUAUUCUAAGAGUCAACAAAAAGAUUAAUUAGAAAAGUAGGAAAAAGAAAGUGGCCUUUACAUGAAUUUACUGUGUCAAAUAUGACGGUUUCAAUAAGAGCAUGUAAAUUGCUUGCACAACAACCGAAAUGACGAAUCUGAAGAGAUUAUUCGCGUCUCGUUCUUCUUCUUCAUCUCCUUCUGAUUCUCCUCAGAAACAGGAUGCCAAGGACAAUGGUUUCUUCAAUGGAAAAUUGAUGAACCGGAAGCUCACUAGACAGCGUAAGCUCCGGCAUGCUAGCGACAACGAGCUUGGUUUGCAGCAGACUACUGAUCGGUCACGUUCCUUGCCGGUUUCGCCGGGCUCGGAAUUGCUGUCACCGGGAAAUUUGGGUCAUUGGUCAAGGUCAGCUGUACCACAACCCUUGCCACUCCCUGAAUUGCAUUUGAUUUUCAAGCAGAAUGAUCGGUCAAACUUGUCAUUGCCGAAAGAAGGUCCCAGCACAGGGGAGGCCGAUGGCCGGGAUGAGACCGGAGGGGUACCAAUUCCAUCAAGCACUGCCACCGGGAGCUACUUUGCUCAUCAAAAUAUCAGGAAGACCACAGUCCCUGUUGCCGCAGAAUCAUCCAGGUUUCCUACUUAUCGCCGUAGGGGGUUCCGUCAAGAUCUAAAUGUUGAUAGUGUUGAUCAAAACUUCAGACUGAAUUUUCCUGCCAGGAGUGCUCCAACCAGUGGUUUCACCAGUCCUACUCUUAGUCCAAAAAGAUUUAGUACAGUGGACGUCCAUUCUACUUUCAUGGUUCGUCAAGAAUUUCAGGUUUCGUCUGCUUUAGAGGCUCCAGUUGUGGAUUCUCUUGCAGGUUAUUCUCAAAUGAUGUCAGCAAGAAUAAUGCGUAGCCCUGAUCAAUCUCCACUUCAUAGCCCCACAAUACAAACUCACUGCCAUGAUACCAGAAGUCCUACUGGCCUUGCGCUACAUUCGUAUCAUAAAUCACUCCCAGAAAGUUCUUCGGCAUGGGCUGAAAGUAAUAUUCAUGCCAAUGUCCACCCAUUACCCCUUCCACCAGUAGUUGCAAAACCAUCAUCUUCAUCUAACAUCCGCCAAACUAUAGAAAAGCCAGAUGUAUCAUCGAUCAAAAGUCAAUGGCAAAAGGGAAAACUCAUUGGACGGGGUACAUUUGGUACCGUUUAUAUAGCAACCAACCGUGAAACUGGAGCUUCAUGUGCAAUGAAAGAAGUUGAUCUGAUACCUGAUGACCCUAAACCUGCGGAAUGUAUAAAGCAGUUGGAGCAGGAAAUCAAAGUUCUCCGGCAGCUAAAGCAUCCAAAUAUUGUGCAGUAUUAUGGUAGUGAAAUUGUUGAGGAUCGUUUUUGCAUAUUGUUGGAGUAUGUUUAUCCAGGAUCAAUCAACAAAUAUAUCUGUGAAAAUCGUGGGGCUGUUACAGAAUCUGUAGUUCGCAAUUUCACCCGCCAUAUUCUCUCAGGGCUGGCUUAUUUGCAUAGCAAAAAAAUAGUACACAGGGACAUCAAGGGGGCAAAUUUGCUUGUCGAUACAUCUGGUGUUGUCAAGCUUGCUGACUUCGGGUUGGCAAAACAUCUUACAGGACAUUUCACUGAUCUUUCUCUGAAGGGUAGCCCACACUGGAUGGCUCCAGAGGUCUUGCAGGCUGUGAUGCGGAAAGAUACCAAUCCUGAGCUUGCUUAUGCUGUUGACAUAUGGAGCUUGGGCUGCACAGUCAUUGAGAUGCUGGAUGGAAAACCUCCUUGGAGUGAGUUAAAUGGGGUGCAAGCUAUGUUCAACGUUUUGAAUAAAACCCCACCUAUACCUGAAACUUUAUCAUCAGAAGGAAAGGAAUUCCUCCGGUGGUGUUUCCAGAGAAAUCCUGCAGAUCGGCCAUCAGCAGUUUUGCUACUUGAGCAUCCUUUCUUGCGAAAUUCACAUGAUCAGAAUGUUUCAGUUUGCGUGCAAGAAUAUUCUGGAAUGAGAUUAAUGGAAACAUCACAUAGCCCAAGAGAGAGGACUAAAAAUGUAAAUGAUAUUAUGUCAAACUCGCCUGGCACACUGAAAAGGCAUGGAAAACUGCCAUGUAACAGUGAAUCUUGUAAACAAUCUUAUCCUGAAACUACGGAGACCAAAGCAGCCUCCCGCCACUCUCCUCGUUCUACACUGGAAGUCCUUCCGAGUAUAUCAUCACCAGAGUUAAACUGCUGUUCACAUAAUAUCAGCCAUUCUCCCAAUGGUUCGAACAGCUUACUCGGAGCUGGAAGCAACUAUCCUUAUGCUUCUAUAAGGACUCGCGGAAAGGAAAUUCUACACCUUUGAAUUGUGUUUAUAUGUUUGACUACAGAUUGAUAAGGAAGCAAACUCUCAUGCACAGUAUUGGCUAAAGAAUUUGGUCGGAGUUCUCUUGUAGGCUGGUCAUGUUGCCAUCUGGGGACAAUUCGGCCAUGGGAUUUCAGUUCACACUCCAAUUCUGUGCUGUUGAUGCUUCUUAUGAAGUAACGGAGGCUCUUUCAUCAGCAACCAAAUUCAAACACUCGCUCUUUAUGCUCUUCAUGAAGAAUUCAGGCUUAGGGAAAAUGUAGUUGUUACUUAUAUCUUGCCCUAGCAAAGGCAGAAAAUGGAAAUUAGAAGAAAGAUAAUAUUUCCAAAUUUCUUCUAAAACAUUAGUGGUGGAACUUAGAUAUAGUUGUGUAAUUAUUGAGGCUUCAUUUCAUUUCAAUAGAAGCUCUCUUCUGACGGACUUUUUCAUUAGGGUGUCUCUUUUCAAGAGAAACAAAACUAUCAUGGUGUUUCUGUUUGAAACUACUAAUCAAUGGCUGUCGUCAUGCUGGUAA